GCUACUGUUCAUCGUGCCAAAAAUUUCUGCAUCGUGUUUUCUUUGUAUCGCAGCCCCCGUUCUUCAUUCCGAUCAACUUCUCAAGAGCUAAGGUUGGUGUUGAAGGUUAAGACAACUGUUGGGAAAUCCUCGGUUAGCUGGAAUCUCUCCUAAAGGGGCUUAUAUGGCGAGUUUUGUUGAAUCUGAACUUCCACCGCUCUUGCUGCUGGGAAACGGCAAAAAGAGCAAAUUCAGCUUCCAUUCUUCAUCGACGAUCAUUGGAGGGGUUCUCUGGUCUUCAUGCGAUAAAUUGCUUGAGCUUGAUCCAGAGAUUGAAAGAACUUUUAGAGCUUUGAGGAUUCAAGAGAGAACACCAGAAAUUUCUGAAAGUAAUUUUCAAGUUUUGGAUAUUUCAAUGGCAGAGAACAACAGAACUAUGAAGGAACUUGUUGCUCCUGAUACGACUUACAAGUAUUCUUGCAUUACUUAUCCAGACUUGUCAGUGGAUUUCGAGCUCAGAUCGGGUUUAAUUCAUUUGCUUCCUAAGUUUCAAGGUUUAUCAGGGGAAGAUCCUAACAGACAUUUGCAUGAGUUCCAUGUGGUUUGCUCUACUAUGAAACCACAAGGCAUUUCAGAGGAGGAUAUCAAGUUGAGAGCCUUCCCAUUUUCAUUGUCAGGAUCAGCAAAGGAAUGGUUGUACUAUCUUCCAGCGGGAUUCAUUACGAGUUGGAUUGACAUGAAGAGGGCAUUUUUAGAGAAAUACUUCCCAGCUUCUAGAACCACAACUAUAAGGAAGAACAUCUAUGGUAUUCAACAAGUUGUGGGAGAAACUCUUUAUGAUUACUAGGAGAGGUUCAAGAAAUUGUGUUCAAGUUGUCCUUAACAUCAAAUUCGUGACCAGUUACUUGUUUAAUAUUUUUAUGAGGGUUUGUUACCUAUGGAUAGGAGCAUGAUUGAUGCAGCAGCUGGAGGUGCUUUGGUUAACAAAACUCCAGAAAAAGCAAGGGAGCUCAUUGCAAAUAUGGCAGAAAAUUCUCAACAAUUUGGGAGUAGGGUACUUACUACUAGAGCAGUUGGUGAAGUUCAAACGGUAUCAAAUGAGCAAAAGGAGAUCAAGGCCCAACGGUCCAGAAGCUUCUAUUUCUGUGCUUCAACGUUGUACGAGGCUUCUCCGCCUGAAGGAGUUUUUAGUGAGCUUAAUGUUCCUUGGA